AUGGCUAAUUCCCACACUGUUGAACAUAUUGAUGAAUGUUAUCCAACGCGAAAUGUAACUGAUAAACUAAUGGUACCUACUGUUCUCGAAUAUCCAUCGUCAAAAAGACGUCAACAACAAUCUCGAAGUCGAAAUAGUCUUCGACAUCGUACACAGCCGGUGACAUUAACGGAAAUAUCUGAAGUCGAUGAAGACGGAACAUGUCAACAGAGUACCAAAGACAAAUUACAAUGGAAAGAAGGUGAUGAAUUAUCAUCCUCGAAUAACGAUAUAUGUCGAAAAGACGUUUUAAUAAAUAACUCUCGAUUUGCUUUUGAUCAAUCACUAGACAUCUCCUCUACAACCUAUUCUUCUACGUCGCCAAAUGAAACAUUAACAUUAAACGAUAUACGACGAUUAGAACAUUUAGCAUUAAUAGACAGUAAACGUCAACGAAAACAGCCGACAAAAAAAAUGUUAGAACGUCAACGAUUAAAAGCAAUGAGAGAAGAAGCAAAUGAAGAUAAAGAUACUAUAUAA